GCUUGAACGGCGUUCCUUCCGCACACUCUGAUAGGCAGGUCUUUACCCAUUCACUCAGUCAGUCACUCUCAUCCCCGAGCUUCACUCACCCACUCACCCACUCAUCCACUCAAAACUCUCUGGUCCAGACGCAAGACUCCAGACUCAGACUCACCUCAGACUCAAACCCAGGCUCAGACUCUUCGGGCUCCAAACGUCGCAUAUGCGCCUCACCAAUAAGCACAAGUCGAACGGAUGAAAUGUGGGCUCGUACUGUUUCUCGUCUCUUUGGGAUGGCAGUUACCCGAUGCUGUGGAUUGCAUAACCAACCCAAGACACCUCCUCAUUCUCUUUGACCACUCACCUCAUCUCACUCAGCUCCCGAAGCUAUGGUCCUGGACACGAUGGACAAAGCGUACCCCCCUACCUACUGCGUAUCCUCCUCUUCCCCCCAUCCUCCCUUCCCUCGCCUAGGUUCCGCGUCUAUGGCACUGGAAGUGGCAAAGCAAUUUAGCCUCCAGGCUUGUCGCUUCACGUUUCUUACAGUACGUGCCUGCCACC